AUGUAUUAAAAAUCAUCAUUAAAAAAACAGAAUAAUGAUAUACCUGUAUGUAUAAAAUAUAUUUAAUAGGAUCAUUAUCAUUUAGAUGAAAAUUAAGAACAAGACUUUAAUUCUGUUUGUGGUUAUAAUUCAUAUGGAGUAUUUUAUAAAUAUCAAAAUUUAGAUUCCUUAAUAUCAUUAGUUACCAAUUAAUGUUUACAUGAUUCUACCUUAAACUUAUUAAGAAAAUUAUGAUACCAAUAUUUAAUAUUUGUAAUAUUAACCUUAACCAUAAACUCCUAUUAGAUGUGAUUAUUAACCUUUAAAAUCAAUCAAAGUUAAAAAAUAAUAUAAAAGUAAUUUAUCAUCUAUCCCAUUUUAGGAAAAUAAACAUAAAAUAAUAUUACUUAAUCAUAAUAAUCAGUAUAAUAAUAAUUUUAAAGAACAGAUGAAUCAGAACAUGAAAUAUGGCCUUAAGCUAAUUUCGAAAUAGAUUAAAAUGAAAAUGAAAAAAAAUUAUUAUUCUAAUAAACUCUUACUGGCUUUGUCUUAAAAUUAUUUGAAGCUCAUUAAAAUGCUACUCUAAGUGAAAGAUAUAUUGUUGAAUAAGUUCGUUCAAAUUUAUGCAAAUUAAAAAGAUUAGAUGGUAGUAAAUAUAAAGGAAAUUUAUAUAAAACAGUCAAAGGAAGUCUUACUUCUAAUGGAAUUUUUAAAGUUGAUUAAAAAAAAGAAAAUGAAUCUUAUUGGAUUGUUUGUUAAUCAGCAGCAGAUGAAUUCCAAAAAAGAACAAUCGAAAGAAUUCAAACUGCAGAUAAAAAGAAAGCAUAAAAAAAAAUUAAAUUAUAAGACGAUUCCUUAUAAAAUAAAGAAAUUUAAGAAUAUAUAAAAUAUGAUUAUGCACAUGCAUAUGGAUUAUUAAAUGGAUUCUUAGAAACUCAACCAAAUCUCAAAAAUUUUAUUGAAUAAAUAGAUCUAAAUGAUUUAGAAAGAAAUAGAAAUCUUAGAAAUUAUAAUUCAGAUCUAGUAUAAGUAGGUAUUAAAGAAUGCUAAGAAUUUUUUGAUGAAUUGAUUAAAAAAUUAAAAAAUGAAAUUAUAUAAAACUGA